GGUGGCGGGCGCCCGGGCAGAGCGUCCUACUAGUCUCUCAGUGUGGGUUUCUCCGCAGAGAGAGGCGUGAACGAACGCAUAGUCUGGAGUGCACCUGCCACCUCCCCUGCCCAGCCCGGAGUCCCCGCCAAACCUCGGUCCCGCCGUCGAAUCGUCAUGGAAGUGCAGAAAGAGGCGCAACGCAUUAUGACCCUGUCCGUGUGGAAGAUGUACCAUUCGCGCAUGCAGCGCGGUGGCCUACGGUUGCACCGGAGUCUGCAGCUGUCGCUGGUCAUGCGUAGCGCCCGGGAGCUCUACCUUUCGGCAAAGGUGGAAGCCCACGAGCCUGAGGUGCCCUUGCCACCCGCCCGCUCCCCUGAUCCUCGCCUACACCCACCGCGAGAAGCGGAAGCCGCAGCCAAGGCAGCGCUUCCCGACGGUGAGCCGCCCUCUCCGGAACCCAUGGACACGCAGGAGGCGCCGAGAAUCGAGGAGACCCCUGCCCCCUGUGCCCCGCGCCCUGCCAAAGUCAGCCGCAAGCGGCGAAGCAGCAGCCUGAACGACGGUGGGGACGCCGCACUGGUCCCGAGUAAGAAAGCCCGUCUAGAAGAAGAGGAGGAAGGGGCCCCUUCGGAGGUCCUCAAUCGCCUGCAGCCCCCUCCGGCGCAAACGGAGGGCGCCUUCCCCAAUUUGGCGCGUGUCCUGCAGAGGCGCUUCUCCGGCCUCCUGAACUGCAGCCCCGCCGCCCCGCCGACGGCGCCGCCGGCGUGCGAGGCGAAGCCGGCUUGCCGCCCGGCUGAUAACAUGCUGAACGUGCUGGUGCGGGCCGUGGUGGCCUUCUGAGGGCCCUCGAGCGGCGCUACCGGAGCCCAGAGCGCGGGCCGAACCGUCGGCCAGAGUGCGCAGACCCGAGGCGAGGCCCACCCCUAGGGGAGCACCCUCGGAAACCGUGGAAAGGAGCCACCUCCCGGGCUGCCAAGAGGCCCUGAGAGGGACUCUGCCCCCGGGGGAGCCGUCGCCACCUGUGUGCAGUCGCGGCACCGAGGAGCCUGAGCCGGGGGGCGCGGGCGCCUUGCCGCAGACCUGCCGCGCCCACAGGUGCUGUUUUAAUGGACUGUGACGUGGACCUUACCCUCUCCUUCUGGAACUGGGAGAAGGGAGACUUGGUUCUUUAAACUCCUCAGGGUUGGACUUUAUUUUUUACCGGGGGCUAUGCCGCCCUUUCAAGGUUUUUCAAUAGUAGGUGUUUGCGUUUCCAACCUCGGAGAAUUCCAGGCACUCCCCUUCCCCCUCCAGUGACAUACUUGUGCAAGCGGUCAUCGUUGCGUCAUGGGGCAGAAGUGGGGAGCUUCCUGUUGCCAUGCGUGGGUGUGAGGCCUGGGAGGAGGAUCUGGGGUGUGGACCGCCCUGGGGAACGGGAGGAGGGCGGCCUGAGUCACUUGGCCUCCGUGUGCUGCGGGUUAUUGUCCCUUACUCCUAUGCCUUCGAGGGCGGAGGGCUGAUCUAAUUUCAGGUUAAAAAUUUUCUCCUCUGGUGUGUUAGAGGUGGGAAUGUAUUCAGUCUCAAGCUUGACCUUCCCUCAGACACAACCCAAACGUUCCUGGACUGAAUCACAAAAAUUGGGGGAGGGGGUUCUCCGAGCUCUGUAAGGCUGAGCCGGGAUCAGUUGCUGCUGAGACUGGGCCAGUUUUGGGGAGGGGGGGAUUCCUACCAGGGCGUUCUGAGGUUCUGUUUACCUUUACUGUGGUGGAUUUUAACUCCAUCUAUCUGGCCUUUUGCUAGAAACGCCAGGUAGGAAAAAAUAAAGACCAUUGAAAUAAAAA